GGCUGCUGCUGCUGCGCACUCCGGUGUACUUCGGAUGUGUAUGAGCGCGCGCGCGUGCGUGCCUGUAUGCAGCCAAGUUGAUAGAACCUUUCAUUACAACCAGCAUCUUUUUGGUCCAGUUGCGAACACGGGACGUUUUUAAGCAAGGUGACGUAAAAAAGGAGGAAAAAUAGCUUCAAGUAAAAAACUCUUAUGAACAACUUUGCGUCGCGAAAAAAGCGACAUACGCAGUUUGACGAAAUUUGCUUUAUUGUAUUAUAUUUGUUGACACCGGCUAACUCGCUUUACGGUUUGUAAACAUUUUUUUGAAUGCGUGGAAGAGUUUGAGGACAAAAAGGGAUUUUUCUAUGUCGCUUAUGUGAAGCUAAUGAAGUUACAACCGUCCUUUAAGAGACGGCGAAUGAAAGGGAAAUAAUUGGACAGAGGACAAACCAUAAGCUAAUCAGCUAUAAGAUGCUAAAGACGCUGACGAAGAAGCUAAGAAGACAUUCGCUGAAUGAGAUACACCCGUUCCAAGUCAAGAUUUCUUAUAAUGGAAGUGGAGAAGGAGAGAGUGAUGAUUCUGAAGGCGAGAACCAGGAGCUGGCACAGAUUGACCGUGAGAGAAGAAGAAAUUGUGGCCUCACGCCUUUGGCCACCAGUCAGCAGCACAACCAGGAUCCUGUUUCACCCGCUCGGUUACGACGUCUCCGCCUUCUUUUAGACGCCAAUUUGGAUCGGGAUUCUUCAGAGGAAGAGCUUGAACGAAUCAGUCGUGGGGAAAACAGAAAGUGGGUGUCCUCUCUCCCACAGUGCCACGGGGACUACCACAGUAGCGCUUCCAGUGAUGAGGAGGUGCGAAACCUCUGUUGUUGCAGGUCACCGCCUGCUCCUUCCAGACCUCUGGUGGAGUCCAGUGCCUGUUGUGCUGCCACUCCCAGCCCCGUACUCUUUAGUUCCAGCCCGCCACAUAGCCUGAAGCCACCCCCAAUGAGAUUUCAGCUUCAAGUAGUAAAGCCGGUUGCACGACCGAUUAUUCUGACCCAUUUUGACCAGACAGCACCUUAUAGAAGGUAUCGGCACAGCUACGGUGGAGAGCCAGGAAGACCGAGCCUGGAUCUGGAAAAAAUGCAACAGAAAAUGCUGCUGAAAAAGAAGUGCGGAGGAAAGACGCGGACCAUAAAGAUUCGGAAUUUGACCAGCAGUCGUCCUCCGCCCAGGUACACCAAUGACCCAGCCAUCUUCGCCUUCCGGUCCCUGAGCACAGUGCCCCCCCGCAGCCCCAUGACGCCAUCGGACGAUGCUCCGUUUUCAUAAGCCGGUCUGUCCUCCUGCCAGACACCAGCUGACACCGCCCCGCUCCUCUUUACCCCCGGCCAACUGCUCUUUGUUGUGGCUUCAGCGUCAUGAGGGAAACGAAGCGCUGGUAGAACUGCCUCUCUCUCAGGUAAUCCCUUCUGUCACUGGAACUGUUGCUGACGGGCAGCAGGAACAUCUGAACAACACAGUGGCCUAAUGGAACAUCACAGAUGUGUGGUGGCUCCUGCAAACAGCACAUCCUGAAGCAAAUGUUGAGCCACUCCCCCUGAAACCUCAGUCUCAGUUAGAAUGAGUGAUGCAUGUUAGACAAUCAAAAGGCUCCAAGGGUUCUUCCUGUGUAAGAUUCUUACCAGCUUCCUAUCAAAGCAAAGGUUUGCUGCAUUGUCGGUUGUUGACACCAGACACUGCUAACAUUUCUUAAGAACACCUUGUGUGGGUGCUCCAGGUAAGGUAAACUGUGGCUAUAGCUGAAGAGUCAAACUGCAGUGAUGUUUGUUUCUUAAUGAAAGCUUUACUGCUCUCCUGUCUUCUUGCAUGACUUUGGCUGUUUUGCAGAAAGACAGCUCUGUAAAGUUUACGUAUAGUUGACUGCACCUUCCUCUUGACCAUCAUGUAUUCUGCAUAGCCUACCUAUAGCGUACAUGUAGUGUGCCAUUUCUGUUCUCCAAUAUAGAACCUCAGUACUUUCCAGCUGGAAGAGGACCACUUGUUGCUGAUCUCCAAGAGUUUGUAAAGAUCUCUCAAUGCCUUGGCCCGACAUUCCUGUUGUGAUGAAGGAAACUUAAGGUUUUUCUUGAGUUUAUGUAACAUUGUGACGUCUCUGUCCACUGCUGAACAAAAAUGAAUGAAUAAAGUCCAGUGGCCUCUUUUAA